GAUUGAUUAUCAAACAGUUUUGGCAGUUAGCAAGGUCAGUUGUAAACACAAUUAAAAAUUUGAAAUCAACAUAAUGGGUUGCAAGGCUUGUGGAACCAACUGCCAGUGCUCGGCCACCAAGUGCGGGGACAACUGCGCCUGCAGCCAGCAGUGCGAGUGCUCCUGCAAGAACGGGCCCAAGGACAAGUGCUGUGCCAGCAAGAAGAACUAGUUUCCAGGACUAGGGACUAGUUUCCACACUCCUCUGGCAUAUUGUGAUUUGUGAACCCACACGAGAAGCAUGAAAUAAAAGUCUAGUUUAGUUUUUAAAAUCAAA